UUGAUUCAUUUUCAGACUGUCUUGGGUGCCUGAGAAGAACCAUCCCCAUGCUACUAACACUGAUGUUUCUGGGCCUUGCUGCCCUUGUUGCUCCUUCUGUAAGUUAUGGAUGUUAUGGUGAUUUACGUACUAUGGAAACCCCUGUGAUUUCCUGCAGAGCUGUACAAACCCCAACUUGUGGGGUUCAGGCUGCAGAAAAGAUUGCUGAAAUAGACGUAGUACGUCUAAAGAGAUACAAAGUCCCUAUUAUGAGAGUUGCCAGAAAUCUGUGCAUAGAUCCAGCACUCAUUGCUGCAAUCAUAUCUGUGGAGAGUCGUGCUGGAGCUACUCUAGUUGAUGGCUGGAACCGUGAAAGAAACCAAUAUGGCUUGAUGCAGGUUCAUACACACUACAAUUCGAUUCCUGGAGCCUGGGAUAGUGAAGAACAUAUAACUCAAGGUGCAACUAUUCUAGUUACUGGAAUUAAGGCAUUACAGACAAAGUACCCUACCUGGUCAUGGCAACAAUAUCUCAGAGGUGGGAUUUGUGCCUAUCAUGACAAGGUUAGGAACAUCCAGGUCUAUGAUGGAAUGGACAAUUGCAAUUCGAACAAUGAUUAUGUUAAUAAUGUUAUUAUUCGAGCUAAAUAUCUGCAGAAUAAUGGAUUCAGCAUUUUAGUGUAAUACUGGCUUCAGCCUCUUUUCAGAUAAAUCAUAAUUCUCAUUAUUAUCAACCUGAUCGUGAGAGAUGCUAUACAUCUGGAGAAAACAAAUGUUUAAUAUAGUAAUCAUACAGUGAUUGUAACCACAAAAUAAAUUGUUCCGGGGUUUUUCCCAACAAUAAUGAAGCUGAAAGCACCUGUAAAUUAAUUCCUCCUACCACUCCAUCCAAGCACCUAUUAUCAGUUUCAACUUUUCCACUUGCUAGGGUUGCAUGAACAACAGGUGUUACUAUAGAUCUAGGAGUUAAUUAAUCCCUUCUCUAGGAUUCCAAUGAGUUGUGUGUGGGAGGAAUCCAAGACCUCAGUGCCUUUAUUAUGAAACAAAAACAAACAAACAAAACCCACAGGCCGGCAAAGUCUUCACCUGUUGAGCGGGGAGGCCUCUUCCACAUUCUCUUGUACAGAGAUGAGUUUGGGGCUGCUCACGUAUCAUCUAGAGAUGGGAACAUGUGUGGGUCUCCCUCUGUAUCUACUCUAGUACUUUCUUCAUCCUAACGCCUCCCCUUCCCCAACAGGAAGAAAGAAUUCUUCAUCUCCAUGGGCUCCUUCCCUUUAGCUUAUACCUGCUAUUCUGUAAACACAGUCAAGGGACUUUGCUCUGGGUUCUCAGCCCAUGUUGAUGUCUGUGCUAGCUGACUGAUCAAUAGGCCAGUGAAGAAUCUAACGUGGUUUGGAUAUUGGCGGACACACUGAGCCCGCUCAGUAUAUCCUCUACAUUCAUUCUCAUGAGCCAGACUCCUUCCAGUGACAGGUUUAGUUAGCUAUGUAAGGUCAAAAUGAGCCUUACAUGGCCAUAUCCAAAGGGGAAUCUCUCUGGGUAGCCCAGGAGUCAUGCACAACCUCUCUGGGUCACACAAGCCCAAAAGCAAGGGGCCCUCAUUUAGUGAGUUUCCUGUGAACUACAUGACAGUGACACUGCUUAGUAGUACAAUGCUAACAUCUUUUUGGACUUAACACUGUUGCGGUUCAAUUGGAGCCUUCCAACUUUUAAACAUGUGGAUGUUUCAAUAUCUGCCUCACUAUCAUGAAAACAAAACCAAAGAAAAAUUCUAGUAACCCCUAUUUUUAAUUGGAAAGUUCAUAGCUGUUGGUUUAUGAUUAUUCUGUUUGAAAGUUUAUUUUUCAUUGUGGCUAGAUUUGGAUAUGUAAAUUUACUGACCAAAUGAAUAAAGGGAAAUGGCAUAUUAAAAUGUUUU